AUGUCCAAAAGAAAAUCGUUGACAAUUGAAGAAAAAGCAAACAUUAUUUGGAGACUGCAAGAAGGUGAGUCUAAUACGAUGUUAUCUAAAGAGUUCGGCGUUUCCCACUCAACGAUAUCCACUGUGUGGGCAAACAAAGAAAAAAUAAGACGUUGUUUUGAAGAGGAAUCUUUUUUGGUUAAGAAAGUUAGAAGGACUCAGCACACCGAUCUAGACAAAGCCUUACUUCAAUGGUUUAAACAGCACAGGGAGAAAAACGUUCCUAUUAACGGUCCGAUUUUACUUACAAAAGCACGAGAAUUUUCCGCAAUGCUGAACAAAGAUUUCCAACCCGACCCAUCGUGGGUUCAGAGAUUUCGUAAUCGCCAUAAUAUCGUCUUCGCAAAAAUGUCAGGUGAAUCGGCAGAUGUCCCUGCAGGGGUGAAGGAUCAUUGGCUUGGUAACGUUUGGCCGAAAAUUCGCGAAGGCUACGUGGAUGAAGAAAUCUUCAACUGCGACGAAACCGGGCUAUUUUACAAACUCACUCCUGACAAAACUUUCAAGUUUUUGGGCGAGAAAUGCUCUGGUGGAAAACACUCGAAAGACCGUGUCACCGUUCUAGUUGCGGCUAAUUUGACAGGGAGUGUUAAAAAAAAGUUAGUGGUCAUCGGAAAAUCAAAAAACUCGCGGUGUUUCAAAAACGUGAAGAACCUACCAGUGCAAUAUGAACACAAUAUAAGGUCAUGGAUGACAUCCCAGUUGUUUGAAAAACUUUUGCGCGAGUGGGAUGGAGAGCUAAGAAGGGAAAACAAGAAAAUUUUACUCUUAGUUGAUAAUUGCCCAGCACAUCCUCAUGUGGCAUCUCUAAAAUGCAUAAAAUUAGUUUUCCUGCCAGCAAACACUACAUCUGUGCUUCAACCAAUGGACCAAGGGGUCAUAAAGGCACUAAAAGUUAACUUCAGGAAGCUAUUGGUAUUGAAAAUGAUCGACAAUAUUGAAAAAAAUAUUGAACAUAACGUUCAUUUGCUACAAGCAAUAGUAAUGGUCUCAAAAGCUUGGGAUAUAGUGGACUGUGACACAAUAAGAAAUUGUUUCCGUCAUGGAGGAUUUCUUAGCUCUGAUAACUCAGAAUCCAAUUCAACGUCGAAAAUCUGGCGGAUUGGGCAGAAAAUAUUAAUUUACCUCCCGAAAUGGGGAUAA